GGAAGCUGCUCUUCACGGGGAUGAUGUGGAGUUUAUCAGCGACCUGAUCGCUUGCCUUCUUCAAGGUUGCUAUCAGCGCAGAGACAUCACAUCCCAGACGUUUCACAGUUACCUGGAGGACAUCAUCAACUACCGCUGGGAGCUGGAGGAAGGGAAACCCAACCCCCUGCGGGAGUGCACCUUCCAGGAGCUGCCCCUGCGCACGCGCGUGGAGAUCCUGCACCGCCUCUGUGACUACCGCCUGGACGCUGACGAUGUCUUCGACCUCCUCAAGGGCUUGGACGCCGACAGCCUCCGCGUGGAGCCGCUGGGCGAGGACAGCAGCGGCGCCCUGUACUGGUACUUCUACGGCACGCGGAUGUACAAGGAGGACCCGGUGCAGGGCAAACCCAACGGAGAGCUGGCUCCAGACAGGGGAUGUGGGGGGCAGACGAACACCCCGAACGUUCCUGGGAAAACAGGCAAGAGAAGAGGGCGACCUCCGAAGCGGAAAAAACUACUGGAGGAAAAUUUGCUGAGGGAGAAGGCAGAAGAAAACUUGCUUAUCCACGAGACUCAGAUAAGAAAUGGGUCCCAAGGGCCUGGCCGUGGGACAUGGUGGUUGCUGUGCCAGACGGAAGAGGAGUGGAGGCAGGUCACAGAGAGCUUCAGAGAGAGGACUUCCCUUAGAGAGAGGCAGCUCUACAAACUCUUGAGUGAAGACUUCCUGCCGGAGAUCUGCAACAUGAUUGCACAGAAGGAGAAGCGUCUGCAGCGGACAGAGUUUUCUCCCAGGUGGAUGUCUGACCAUCAGCCCAUCAAACCAAUCAAGCAGGAGGUAAACCCAAAUGUGCUGAGCUCAAUGGAGAAGCAGAGGCGCAGAGAGGAAGAGGAGGAGCGCCAGAUCCUUAUAGCAGUGCAGAAGAGGGAGCAGGAGCAGCUGCUGAAGGAGGAGAGGAAGAGGGAGAUGGAGGAGAAGGUCAAAGCAGUGGAAGAACGGGCCAGGAGGAGGAAACUUCGUGAAGAGCGGGCCUGGCUGCUGGCACAGGGGAAGGAGCUUCCCCCUGAGCUUUCCCACUUGGAUCCCAGUUCCCCUGCCAGGGAAGAGCGAAGGACCAAGGAUAUCUUUGAACUGGACGAUGAGUUCACAGCCAUGUACAAAGUUCUAGAUGUGGUGAAGGCUCACAAGGACUCCUGGCCCUUCUUGGAGCCCGUUGAUGAAUCGUACGCUCCCAACUACUACCAGAUCAUUAAGGCCCCCAUGGAUAUCUCUAGCAUGGAGAAGAAGUUGAAUGGAGGUCAGUACUGCACCAAGGAUGAGUUUGUGGGUGAUAUGAAGACCAUGUUCAGGAACUGUCUUAAGUACAACGGUGAAGGCAGUGAAUAUACAAAGAUGGCUUACAACUUGGAGAGGUGUUUCCACCGAGCAAUGAUGAAGCACUUCCCUGGGGAAGAUGGAGACACUGAUGAGGAGUUUUGGAUCAGAGAGGAUGGGAGACGAGAGAAGAGGAGCCGGCGGACCGGCCGCUCCGGCACAGGCAGCGUCUGGACUCGAUCACGAGACCCAGACGGGCCUGGCAAGAGACAGCAACGCCUGGAAAAUGGAGGAAAACCUCCACCAUAUCGAGCUACUUCCAGGGCUCCUGCUUCUUCCUCCUCUUCCUCUUCCUCCUCCUUCUCCUCGUCCUCUGUAGAUGACCCAAGUGGCAACCCAACGCAGACGGCUCGAGAAGGGGGCCCGUCCAACGGGCGAGGCUUCCCCCGCUCCCUGCAGUACGGAGGCAUGCCCAGCCCUGUGCCACACCCUGGACAGAUGAGACCAGCGGUGCCAGGAACGUUUGGCCCUUUGCGUGGAUCCGAUCCCACCAAACUGUACGGCUCUCCGCGCGUGCCCGAGCCCCAUCCCGGAGACCCGGUCCAGCAGCACCAGCACUUUGCCAUGCAGCCGGCCGUGGGACUGAGCGAGCACCGCGGGCACCGGCUGGGCACUCCGGAGAAGCAGGUGUGCGCGGCGCCGGCCCACGUGGCGGGGCUGGGCCCCCGGCUGGGCUCCCUGCAGCUGGGGCGCUCGAAUUUCCUACCUCACGGGGUGCCUCCCUCAGGGUACAUCCGGCCGCCCGGGAAAGCCACCGGGCAGAGGAUGCCGCAGCCGCCGGCCGCUCUGUUUGGGGGACCGCCUCAGGUUCAAAGAGGGUGCCAGGGCGGGGACUCCAUGCUGGACAGCCCGGAGAUGAUCGCCAUGCAGCAGCUGUCCUCCCGCGUGUGCCCGCCGGGUGUGCCUUACCACCCUCGCCAGCCGCCCCCGCCGCACCUCCCCGGGCCCUUUCCCCAGCUGGCUCACGCCGCCUCCGCUGGCGGCCAGCCCCCAAAACCCCUCCUGGGAAACGGGAGCUCCCAGGAUCCAACCGGCCAGACCAUGGACAUGGACAGCAACCAAGUGGACACACCGGCGGGCAUGGACGAGAAGGCUCAGUGCAUCAGCAUUCCCGACGGGGCCUACGCCAAACUCCUACCUCAUCCCAAGCCCCCGCUGCCCAUGGAGUGCACGAGGCGCGCCUUGCCCCCGGAUGGGGAGGAGGACGGCCCCGGUGUGAAGGGUGACCUGAAGGGAGGGCAGGCCAAGGGAGCAUGGUCGGCAGAGAGCGGCUAUGCCGGCGACCCGGGCUGCGUGAGGGACCUGGUGCCCGCCUCCGAAAGAGGGGGUCCCCUGCCUCAGAACGGGGCGGCGGGCGAGGGGCCGGCAGCCGGCCCCGAGGGGAAGGGGCUGGCUGCCAACCUGCUGGAGAAGCCCCUCUGCGGUGGGGGAAAGGCUCUGCCCGAAGCAGCCGUGCCUUGCAUGGGGCAGGGCACCGGCCUCCCUGGCGUGGACACCACCUCCAUGGGGGCCGCCCCCAACCAGUUUCAUCCUCCCCAAGCCUCCUACCACCACUACCAGCGACCGCCCUACUACGGCUGCCCGCAGGGCUACUCGGACUGGCAGAGACCUCUCCACCCCCAGGCCAGCCCCAGCGGGCACCACCCGCCCCUGGCCAGGCCCCCUUUCCCAGAGCGGGGCUCCGCCGGCCUGCAGGGCUGCGAGGCGCUGAGCGCCGCCCUGGCCUCUCCCAACCACAUGGACCUAGCAAGUGCCAAAGAGGUUUCUCCAAGCGACGGGCAGGAGCUGGGGCCUGAAGAUGAGAAGUCCGAGGAGUCCCAGGAAAGGCCGGAGAGUCCCAAAGAGUUCCUUGAUUUGGACAACCACAACGCAGCCACUAAGAGGCAGAGCUCGGUGGCAGCGGGGGAGUUCCUCUAUGGAGCUCCCCCGCCACACCUGGGUGCGGGGAUGGGAUUCGGCCCCUCGGCUUUCCCUCCCCACGGGGUGAUGCUACAGACUGGCUCUCCUUACGGAUCCCGGCAUCCUGCCAGCCACUUCCAGCCCAGGACGUACGGAUCGCCCAUGAAUGCUCACCUGUCUCAUCAUCCAGCCUCCAGCCAGGCCAACGGCCUCUCUCAGGAGGGCCCCCUGUACCGCUGCCGAGAGGAGAACGUGGGUCACUUUCAGGCCUUGCUGAUGGAGCAGAGAGGCAGUGGAGGUGGCAUGGGGGGGCCACCCCAGGACUUGUAUAGACCCUCGGGAAUGCAAAUGCAUCAGGCUCAAGUUCCUUUCCCGAAGAUGCCUACAGCAACCAUGUCCCGGGAAGAUCUGACAUCACAAAAACCAUCAGCGUUGCCUCUGGAUCAAAGCUAGUCCAAGAAAGGACUGACUUCACCAAGAGGAAAGCCACACAUGAUUUGGACAACGGAGAGGAGGGGCAGGCCUUGCUCCCACCCUCCCCUCACAGCAGGGAGCUUCCCGGGGCUGCGGAACACGGCACCGUGCCGGAUUUUGUGUGGGAAACCGGUGCUGGGACCCUGCCAGCUGAGCAGCUGGCUCUCCAUCGCAGGGCACCCCAAACUCCAGUGGCUUUCCGUGACCAGAGACUGCGUCUCAUUCAGGGGUGGAAGAGGACGAUGAUGGAAUUUUACUUGUAGUAUUAACGUGUGUGUGUUUUGGAGCUGGAUCCAGUUUACAGAAUUUAACCUGUUGCCUUUCUAAAUAAAUUUUUGUUGUUGGUGAAUGUAUUGUACAUAAUGGGGGAGGGGGUGGGCCCAGCUUGUAGUGGGCUUAGCACUGGAGGAAUUGUUAACUGUUUACAAUCAUAUCACACUGAAAUCUUUCAGGAUAGGGUGAGGGUUUGGGGGAACUGGGGAGAGGUGAGGAAAUGUAUGAUGGAUGACUUGCUGUCCUCCUUCCUGUCCUCUACAACCAAGACACGACCCCAUAGCUGGUUGACUUAAUAGCGGGAAUUGCUCAGGAGCAUAACAGAUCCUCCUCUUUCUCUUGCCUUCUUCCUCCUUCCGCUCUCACCCCCACCCCUCUGGAUCCAGGGCCUGAGUGCACUUCCAGCUCCUGUCAUCAUGGGGGAACAAGGAAACCAGGACCAGGAAUUGAAACCAGGGCAGGACACCCAUGGCAUUGUCCCUUCUGCUAGUAUAGUACCCUUCUCCCUGCCUUUCUGGUAGAAGAAAUGUGUCCUCUAGAAAACAGAAAAUGGCAUAAGCAGUCAUCUUAAAACUGACUUUGGUGAAAGCAGUGUGGCUGUAGGUGGAGCAGCACCUAUCUAGUAGAAGAAAUUUUGUGCAAAUCUUUACUGCCCUGCUGCCCAAGAAGAGGAGCCAAGUCCCCACCUCUUUCUCUGACCCUGGGCUAUAUUCACUUCUCAGCAGCAGUGAAGCAGAAAGUGCCAGAGGCUUCCUGAGCACUCUUGCUGAGGAGGAAGAGCAGGAGGCUGCCUUGGGGGAAUGGUAGGAUUACUGCAGUGUGAGCCAUUUGUUGGAUUUGGCAUUUGCAAGUCACAGGUGAAUUGGAAUGUACUCAAGCACUCAUUCAGAGUUAGAUGAGGGACAAGAGGGCUGCAUGCUCGAGUUGAGUUGGUUUAACUUUCUAAAGCAGCAGGUCCUACAGGGCCAGUGGCAGUACUGCACUGGGAAAAACCCUCUUGUGCCAGUGCUUGGACGGCCACUGCUGUUCAAGCAAGUUCCAUAGGAAUUUCAGCUGCAUUUAUUCCCAUCUUAAAGCUAACAAGCAGUUGAUUGUUCUUGAGGAAGCUGGAGCUAAACAGGGGAGUUGUUAAGUUAUGAGACUGGGCAGCCAGAGAUGCUGGGAGCGUAGCUCUUGAGAGCAGGCUGCACUGGGAGAGGACAGGGGUUAAAAAGAGGAUUUUGGACAGAGUAUGGCAGCAGAAGGACAGAGCAGCAUGCCCUUUAGUCUGUGCUGCCAGCUAGAGGAGGGAUAUUGUCUUCAGUUUCUGGAGAAUUUUUCUGUCUGCUUUCUUGUCUUGGAUGGUGGCAUCACCCAUAUCUUUAGCUGGAUUGCACCAGGCUGCAUGACUGUACUGCCUUUGUCCUGCUGUGUAGAUGUACCACAAGCUGGCAGAGCUGCUCAAGUAAAUGGGAGGCAACAUUUGACUGAGCCAUUGCUCCUUCUGUCCUAAGCUUUUGGAAGAGCAAAAAGCUUUUUGGUGUAGUUUUUGUUUUUCCACUUAUAUUCAUCUGUCAGGGAGAAAUUGUGACUGGUGGAUUGAUGUAGACUGGAAUGAGCCUGAAGGUUGACCUUUGACUGAGAAAUGGGUAACUGCUUUCCCCAGCUAAGAAUAUUAUGUCUCUUCCAAAUUUGUCCCAAAUCUGGCUCAUCAGUUGGCAGUGGUUUUCAGAGGUGCCCCAGCUGCUCCAAAAGGCAGGCUUAGAUCCUUCACUGAACAGAGACACAGGAGCAGUAGUAGAUCUUAAUGAAAAAUUGUGCAGGUAUAACUCCUCUUUAAGACAACAAACCUAGGACAAACACAGUUUGUACUUGUAGAGCAGUCUUUAGUUCACUGUAGAUAAUAACAGAUUUAAAAACAGAGGAACUGGAAAAUAUAACUUGUAGCAAAGCAUUGAAAACUCUGGAAAUGUGAAUAUAGAUUCUACAUAGAAGCCCUGUCAUACUUCAGCCUGUCUUCUGUAUCACAGGCAGCUGAAUAUUUGAAGUGCCUUUCAUUCAGCCCAUUGUGAACAUUGUGGAACAGGAGGUUUUUAGAAGCUAUAAAAACUCUCCAAGCAAGCUGAAGCACACUUCAGCUGGAACUGGCACUGAAAACACUGUUCUAGUGGUCAUGGCUUCUGGAUGAGUACCAAGCCUCAAUCAAAACAGGAGACAACUAAGGAGGGCAAGAAUUGCUUGUGGUCUGCCUGGAGAGGGUAGUGGAGUGUUAGACAGUGAUAGAUACCUUCAACUGCCAUGAGGCAAAUCUGGGAGAAGGGUUUGACUUGCAGGUGGCAGACAAAACCAAGUAGGGAAGCUGACUCCUCCUGGGAGGGUUUCUAGGUAAACGUCUUUUGAUGUUGUCAGUAAUUUUUAUUAAAGUGGCUAACAAGCUGCUGUUGUGAGGACAGAUGGUUUCUGUUAGAAAAGUACUCAUAAAGAAUACAGGGAACCAUGGCUGGGCUUUCUUGAGGAGAGGACAUGCUGAGGUGGAGUUUUAGAACAGAGUUUCCAGACUUUCAAAUGCUUUGUUCCUAAGUGAGGCUUGGGGGUUUUUUCUUUCCCUCUUACAAAUAUCUAGGGAUCCCCUCAAAAUCAGAGCUUAAUCUCUUUAGGUACAACCUGAGCAAAUCACUGAACACUGAGUCCCCUCAGAGGGCACAGCCCUGGGAGAGGAUUGCUGGGCUGGAAUACCCAUGCAAAUGUAAAGAGGAGCAGAUAAUGUGAAUUUUAUGAUUUCCAAACGGUGCUGCUUUGUAGAUACUGUUGAAGAGAGGUUUGAGGGAUUUAGAAGAGUAGCACCUGAGCUCUUUAUGUACAGAGUGGUGUUCUGUGCCAUGGGUUGGAGUGCAGUGCAGGACAAGUGUAGCUGCAUUUUAAAAUAAUGUGGUUUUUGAGUGCCAUACUUUGUGCCACUUUAUAAAAUUUUUAACACAAUACAGAGCAACUCUGGUGCAUCCCUCAGUGUUGCUUAGUACCAUAUAAUACCAGGUGGUCCUUUUUCAGAAAGCAUCCUGAACUAGUGACGUUGCAAAAUUUCCUGUAGCUAUUACUUUUCCUAUCUGGAGGAUGUGUUUUGCUACAAUUAUGUCUUUCAUGUUGAAUGAGAUUAUAUAAUACAUAGAACAAUUAUGAAGUUGACAGUGCUCAAGCAUGACAAAAAUUUCCAGUAUUCUCAGAAGAGCUUUGUAUGCUACUCUACCUUUUUAGCCUCUUGCUCUCCCCACUACUUCCUCCUUCCUAAGUGGUGGGUGGUGUUCCCAGGAUGUCAAGUUGCCUUUGCAAAGGCCAUUGUAUAAAAUCCCCCUGAGAUUCUGAAUCUUUGGGCAUCUUAGGUGAUACAGGCCCUGGCAAUUCAACUGGAAAGGGCAGUCCCUGAGGCUUCACUGGGACUCUUAGGUGUGUUUAGAAGAAGUUUGCAGUCUAAAUUCCAUGGUGUGACCCACCAAACCACUUGUAGCAAUCCAAGGCACCAGCCUGCAAUGAGGAGGACAAAAGAGGAAAGUAAAUUUGAAGUUUCAAGGCCCAACUGGUUGGAUUUGUGACUUUGAAGUAGAUGGAGACACUUUUCUUGGAAGCUUCUGAUUUUUUCUUGUCUGCCAAACGCCUUUCCCAUGCAGACUUUCCGAAGCAAAUCGCCUGUGUAUAUUUUUGUAAGUGUGGUUUCUCAGGGUCUUGGAGAGCUAUCAGCUUCAUGAUGGCUUAUCUGAAAGCAAGUCACAGAGGCUGUCUUUCAUUCUGCUGACUGAGGCAGCUCCCCUGCAGGUUCUCACCCCAACACUUCUCCAUUUAAAAUGAAAGUAUAAUUAGAAAACAACCUUUCUUUAUUUUCUCCACUGAUCCCUGUCAGGCUUUUGUUCAUCUCUCUGUUCAGCCAGGGUGGUUUGUUUGUUCUUGAUGGCUUCGUUCUGCUUUCCUUUUCUGAAAAGACUGUGUUGCUGUAUGCUCUGUGGAAUUUCAGAGAAGGUGCUGAAAUGAGUGACAGGGAGGUGUCAUCCCAAAGGUUGGCUUGGACCAACAGUGGAAUCUGUGAUGGUGUAAUUGGUCCUGGUUCCCCUUACUGCAGAGCAGCUGUGCAACUGGGUCUGCACUUAAUCAGAGCAACCCCUUGCAGGGUUUUUACUGUGGUGCAUCAGUGGAGGAAUGGAGGUGUUUGCUCUUGCAUGAUUCUUGUUUUGCUUUGUGUGAGUGCCAGGUCCUUCCUGCAAGGCUGGCAUUGAGCAGGCUGUGCAAGGAGGGCUGCAGCUGCAGCCCCUGGGAGCUUGAAGAGUUUGUUGUAAGGGAGAGAGCAUCUCAAAGGUUGCCCUUGCAGCCUCUCCCCUUGUGUAGCUGUCUAACAUAGCUGGGGGUGAGCACUCCGAAGGAGAACUCUUUUUAACCAGCACAUAAUGAACUGCAUGUUCUGGUUUCCACUCUGCCCACCUCUCACUCUGCAAAAGAGCUGGGAGGGACCCAUUUCCAGCUGUGUCCCAACAGGGAGACAGCUAGGCAAGGCUCAGUCUACCCUUAGGCAGGGAAAUUCAGGACAGGUUCUAAUGGAUUUGAAACUAGAUAGUAACUUCUAAGUGCACCUUUGAAGCGAGCUGUGUUGUGCUCUUCCCUCUUUGCUCACUGUCUCACCUUGGCUCACAUGCAGGAUUUGAGAGACCAUGGAGCAUUUUGUAGAUCUAACACUGCUGGUCUUGCAUUGGCUGAGGGCUUUUUUUCCUUCAUUUGCAGCCAUGGCCUAGAUUUCUUUUGGCAAAGGUCUUCCUCUUUUUGAAAAGUGGAUAUCAAAGUGAACAGUGCAUCAAGGAGAGAGCAAGAGCUACGUCCACCAGGGAAAGAGGGGACAAAGGAUGAAUUAGGACUGAUGCUUAACUGGGAUUUUCACCAACUCCAGCAAGUCCCUCUGUCCUUUGCCCCUUUUAUUUGGAAACACUUGGCUCCCUUAGCAGAAGGGCAGUAAGUGGAAUAUCUUCUGACUAAAAGCAGAACUGACUCUGUGUGAGCACAAUUCCCUUGCUGUGAGCAAAGUUAGAGCAGAGAGCCACUGGGGACUCCUUUGGGCAUCAAGUGAGUCAGGGGCCCCCCGACACCUGGUGCACUCAAGCACUGGAGCAUGGCAGGGGAGCCAAUCUCCCUUUCUGAGGCAGCUACAGGAGCUUAGGCCUCAACUCUCAGUCUGGAAAGUCCUCUGAUCCCCUUUUGUAUCACAUGCCAGCAGCUUUCCAGUCUCUUUCCCUCUGCUGGCUGCGCUGCAGUCGUGGCUGUCAAGUGCGGAGAUGAAAUCUCACUGCCCACACGAGCACAAGGGCAGAGGCUUGGCCUUGCCAGCUGCCUCCUCUGCACACACAUAGACAGCAGGUGGGGAGGGCACAUUUACUCUCCUCAUGGAAUUGGGGUGUCCUCAGUGGCUCACAAGGCUUCUCUUGUGUGCCCCUGGGGUUUGCCAGCCGGGCACAGCGGUGUCUGUCCAUCUGCCAGUACAAGGAUUUGCUCCUGGUCCCAGUGCAGGGCUCUCACAAGUGAUCCUGGCACAUCUACCUCCAGGAGGGUUUAGGUUAAAAAUGCCUGUGCAUAUAUUGUGUACAACUGUGAAAACUCUCGUCUCUCCUCCUUGCUGGAUCAAUGAACUCUGCUGCCCGAUCUUUUUCUGAGCAAUAAUAACGUGCAGCAGUGCAGCUUUGACCUUCCUGUACUGUUUUAGGGCUAAGAUGACAGUGGAACACACUGGGGGGUUCUUCUCAGUCUCAGUGGGAAGCUAGGUGCUCUCUAUGGCCCUACAUUUUAUCAUGCUUGCUUUCCCAGAGACUGGAGGGUGGAUUUAGGAAGCCAUGAGAGAGCUGGGUUGCUGCUUCUGUGUUUGAGGAGGCAGAGAGGGAAGGGUAAAGUUGAGCCUCAUCCAUCCAUCCAUCCAUCCAUCCAUGCACAGAGCAGAGCACAUGGAAGAGGGGUGGGUGAAUGACUGAUUUAAUGCCUCUGGGGAAAGAGAGUGACCCACUGCUGCUUCACUGGGCACUGCUGGGGAGGACUGGGGGAGCCUAUGCCACUACAUCCAUUCAUUUUUCUGAAGUUGGGUAACAUUUGGGGUUGUUUUUGUAUUAUUGUAAGUUUGUAAAGAAUGUAAUCUGUCUGUCGGGGGCACAAGGAGAAAACGGGGGCCUUGCUCUUUUUGGGUGAGGCUGUUCUUAUGUUGCUGUGCUUUUUGUUGUUGGGCAGGGAGGGCUCUGGUGGCCGUGGGGGCAAAAGCCUGGCCUUUGUCAAUGGCUUGCAGCUGUCCCAGGGUGACAGGAGGGGUGAGCUGAGGCUGCAGCAGAGACCUCCCACACCAAGCUGUGAAAAUGCCUCUGCCAGUGGGGGAAAUCUGACCUCUGCAGUGGGGCUUUGCACUGGCAUGUUUUGCUGGGUGCUGGGGUGUACCCCUCGAGGACUGGGCUUGCUUGUCCUCAGCUCAGUUGGAAACUGGGCUGAACAGCUGCCCAUGCUCUUUAGGAAAGGUUGGACUGGAUGGGCUCAGUUUAUCAGCUCAAGAAGGAGUUCAUGCUGGAGCUACUGGUCCCAACACUUCUGUCCCCAGCCUCAGGGGCUGCACCUCUCCAUCACCUGCUGCCCCCACCUCCCUCCCCAUCCUGUAGAGCACAGUGUCAGGGAUCCUCUUCUCUCUCCUGCUGCUGCAAAGUUGUGUGAACUUUCCUGGUCAAUACUGGAAAGGGGAAUGCUAUUUAUUUUUAUAUUGUGUAUAUUUUGUCUUGGUCUGCUGAUUACCUUUGUUCCCCAAGAGCGACAGUUACCUCAAUAGUUAGUUUAAUACUGUGUGUUGGGUAAUUUUUUUAAAGAACUUUUUUAAAAUCUUGAUCCUUGGAGGUCUGUAGAUUUUAUUUCCAUAUGAAUUGGUUAUUUUGUAUAAAGUACAUUCUUAAAAUAGCAAUCA